ACCACUCGUAGCACUCACGAUGCCGAAAAUCAAGACGACGAGGACCAAGAAACCGCCGGAGGGAUUCGAGGAUAUUGAGGGAAUCCUAGACGACUAUGCGAAGAAGAUGCGAGACGCCGAGAACGAAUCUCAUGAAGGCAAGCGGAAGACUGAGUCCCUUUGGCCUAUCAUGCGAAUAUCGCAUACGCGCUCAAGAUACAUCUACGAGUUGUACUACAAGCGGGAGGCCAUCAGCAAGGAGUUGUAUGACUGGUUACUGAAGGAAGGUUAUGCUGACGCCAAUCUGAUAGCUAAGUGGAAAAAGCCAGGCUACGAGAAACUAUGCUGCGUACGGUGCAUCCAGAGCAGGGAUAUGAACUAUCAAGGUUCGACCUGUAUUUGUCGGGUCCCGAAAGCUCAACUUAGAGCUGGAACCAUCGUCGAGUGUGUGCAUUGCGGUUGCCGAGGCUGCAGCUCUGAUUCAUGAUAUCGAUGUGAGCAUGAAUGAAGCAUAUGCUCACACGCUCCGUGCUGGGCCUGCCUUUAUCUCAGUCGGUAUGCUCCCCAAGCUUGCGCCUUUGCUGAUUCCUGCCCUCAGUGGAGCCUCCAUCGAUGUGGCGGUUCUAAUUCCUGAUUUGCUGGUCAGUGUACUGGUCUCGUACUUGUCAAUACGUAGAUUAGUUCAUCCUUUGUACGCAGUUGUAAUGCUGUUGUGUCUACGCUACCUUGUCUGAGUCGUUAUGAGACAUCCACAUAAUAUCU